AAUCUAUCUUUUACAUUCCAGAUAAAACUCUUGACUCUCUCACAGUGAAGAUCCUGUAAAUAAACAAAUUUAUAAUUAUAUUUUAGAAUUAAAGUCACAGAAAAAUAUGGAGAAGAAAAAAGCUAAGCCAAAGAUCCAAAAUGAAGAUCGUCAGAAUUUUGUGGCCACACGGAUGAGUCUACCGCUCUUUAUGGUUUCUCGUAAUCGCAUUAGAAAGGAUAACUUGGCUAGUGUGGGUAAACAGUUUAAAUUGGCCGGCCGGCAUUAUAAUGAAGAGUGUCGCAAGGAGAAUCACAAUGAGGCGGCUAGCAAUGCCACAUUCAAUCAUUACCGCCACAUCACGGGCUAUGACAAGCAGACAAAGAAUCCAUAUCCUGAGAGACGUCCUUUACGUGCCGAGCGAGGCAUGACCAAGUAUAGAAGCUGGCAACUUCCACCGAAUCACUACGGUAUUCCGCCGCAGCCAUUUCUCCGUCUGAGGGGCACCAAGGGCACCGUAUUUGCAACACCGCACACAAACCAUAGCCGUGUGUCCAUCAAGCCGCCUCCUUACCAUUUCUACGAAUCUUCACCGGGAAUCGAUAGACUCUUUAACCGCGAAAAUCAGCAGAAGGGCAAGUUCCUAUCGAAUGCCCGCGAUCACCGUCCGACGACUCGUACCAUGAUCUCCAGUAUCUCUGGAUGCUGGCGUGAUCCCAAGGACCCUGGGCCCUGCGAAACGCACACGGACUACUACACAAUGGAGGCCAAUGCAGCGGCCAUAACGAAGCCAGAACGUCCCAAUCCGCAUCUGUUCAAUCGAAGAUCGUAUGUGCCCACGCAGAUCAAUGUGAAAAUUCGGCGGCACAUCAGCAUGGAGCCGGCGCCAGGUCGCUACUGUACCAGUUAUCCAAAUGUCUGUCCAUGUCCGGCGGGCAAGACAAGUGUUCCAGGGCUUCAGCUUCUAAUCGAUGAACAAAAGAGGCUCAAGUUCCGGCGUCUGCCCUUCGAGCGGAUUAGCCGAAAGACACUCUGUGAGCCGGACUGGCGUCAUGUGAUUGGGCAAGGGCAUCGGCAUAUCUUCAUGAUGGCUCCCAAGGACAGGCUGAAACCCUCGAAGAAGCCAGCUGGUGCCUCCAAGAAACCUGGGAAGCUAAUUAAUAUGUUUGCUGACGCCAAGUACAUCAAUAUGCUCACUCAGCCCCAGCGGCAUAAUAUCUCCAUCCGGAAUUUUCCGGUGCCACCGUAUGUGCCAAAGAUCGUUUACAAUUGCGCUGCCAAGCGCAUAGUUCGCAAACAGCUGAAGAACAACAAGAAGAUUGCUUUCAAUAGUGGCCAGGAGCGUUGGAAGGAUGGCGAACGACCAAUGCAGCUCACCACCCGGCAGCUGGAGGCCAUCAAGGCCAAGCUGCCGCCGGAGCGGCGACUCAUAGAUCAUCCCAUUGAUAUACCCGAGGAUCUGCCAAGCCGUCUGACGCAUGUCCCUGACCACCAGAGGGUCACCUAUAUGCCAAAGCUGCGAAAGCGACUGUUCAAAUUCCUUCCCAUUCCCGCUGCCCGUGUCCUGGUCACUGACAGCGAUAUACGUCCGGAUAUAGUGUUCGAUCCUGACAAUCCAACCGGACUGUACCGGCGAAAGAUCGUUGAGUCCAUGUUCUUCAAAGACGCUGUGCUCCGGGCAAUGGAGAACAAGGAGAACGAUCAGCCCGGAGACGCAAGCGAAGUCGUGUCUCAGACACAGUCCCAAUUGCCAUCGGAAGCCCCUUCCGGGGCGGACAUUGAGUUACCAAAGGACUCAUCCGCGCAUUCGGUCCAAGCUUAAAAUUGCUUCAGAUCUCAGUUUCACGUUAGUGCCACUUUUUGAAAUCCUUUUCGUUUUUGAUUUAUGCUCCUCGCUCGACCGAAUCCACGUGGCCAAGAAACAUACCGAGAGAUGGCCGAGGGAAAGCAGCUGGAAAUACCUUAAAUAAAAAUGUGAAAAAUUAUCCAUUUGGAAAA